AUGAACUCUGUUGUAAGCCACUGGACUAAAAACCUUGAAGAAUUUAGUCGCUCUCCGGAGAAAUUUCUUGCCGCUAGAAAAAUCACCGCUCACAGUUUCGUACUGGACAUUAUUGAGGUACGUUUUGACAAUUUUUCGAGAUUAAGAUAGAAGACCGCUAGUUGAUACUUGGUUUAGACUUCUGCUUCGUUUCAUUUUUUACAAUCACUUUGAUCUGAGUUUGGUGCAGUGAGUUGAAACCUACCUAAUCUUGGUCAAUAUCCCCUAUUCAGAAGGUUUCAGCGGAAAAACCAGCCCCCUGAAAUUUGAAAAUUAGUGACAGGAAUUGAAGUUCAGGUAGCUGGUGUUUUGGCUAAAAUCCUAUGUAUCAAACAAUUCCAGCUUCACCCAUGACACCCUCCCCCUGCAAUGUACUGAUGCCCCACCCCUGCAAAUGCCCCACAGUUGCCAGUGGGGGAUGGGUGCAGUUGGAAUUGAAUGAUGCAUUUUGUAAAAAUUAACAUUUGCACUUCUAAUAAUUGGGGAGCUUGGUGUAAGACUAUGACAACAUUAUUUAUAAGUAAGAGAGCUCUGAGGCUCUUAAAAAACACCUUUUAAACACUUGGGUACUAUAAAAAUUUAACAGUGCUUGCCUUUUGAAAAUCAUAUUGUAAUAUUGCAUUGUAUUUUUUUAUAUAUAUUUGGUAGGUUCUUUGUCAUGAGAACCUUCCCGAGAAUUUGAAGCUCCAGUUAUUAUUCCUCAUUCAAGAAAAGGUAUGAACUACAAUGUGUGAGACUUGACAAUAAUGAUACAUUAUCAUUUAUGAUUGGACUGAAUAAUGAAGUCAUUUUACCAUACAAGAGUGAAACUUUCACAGCUCAUUAUAAAAAAAAAGCUUAACUAAACUUGUCUUUAACUGAACAAUAUUAAAAUAACUGUUGUUUGUGUUCUGAACAGGGGUACAAUCCUGCACAAGAAAUACAGUAACUGUAUAGUAUAUAGGUGAUAUUAGUUAUGCCAAUCAAAUAGUGAAAUUAUUCCUUAAUUUCCAAGUAUAUCAAACCAUUUGAUUACCUAUUAAUAUCAUGGGUGACAAAUUACGCACACAAUCAUAGGUUUUUGACAUUGUUCUUUGAAUUAAUUAUCGAUUUAGAACUCCACACAGUGAUCAUUUUAGAGCUUAAAAUUUGGCUUAAGUUUAUAGUUUUCAGAAUUUUUCAACAAAAUACCUGAUAGAAUCCUUCUUGAUGUGCUCUUUCAAGUGUUUUGGUUUUGUAAAGCGUCAUAACUAGUGCCCUGAUAUCUUUAUUCAUGACAUUUUAUAACUUGCCAUGUCAAUUUUUAUAAUUUCACAUUUGAAAUUAUAAAUUAAUGCCGAGAUUUGGGGCCAAAAUUAAGGAGUAAUGUUCUCUUCAUUGCAAACUGUGACAUAUCAAAGAAUUUAUAAGAAGGUGUAUUUGAAAUUAAAUGCUGCAGGUUUUAAAAUAUUAUAUGAUUCUUUGAUUCUUUUGGUCAGUUUGUUUUAAACCAAUGCAUUUAGAUCUUUUAAAAGAUCAAUAAGUUGUUUUCAUCAUCAUCUUUUUGAACCUGCUACACGCCAAGUGUCUUGUUCAGCUGAUUGUCAGAGUUAAUUUUUAGCUGUUUUGUUAUGCAGGCUUCAAGUCUUUUCCUAGAAUCAGUGAGGUAAUGCAUUUUUUUUAAAUAAAUCACAUCACUCCUAGAACUAUAUUUUCUUGCAAACAUGACCAAUGUAAGACCCAGAUGACCCUUGUGCCUUUUAUUGUAAAAAAAGAUAAUUUGCUUGUACAGCUUAAGUCACUAAGGAGGGUGAGUUAGCCCUGUUUUGGCUACAAGUAAGCCUGGUUUUCUAAAGCAUAAAAUAUAAAUAUGAGUCAUUUUCCCUCACCUCUAGUUCACUACUCAAAUCAUAAAAGACCAGUAAAUAGCACAGGAUAAUCACCUCCCAGCUAGCCAAUCAGAGUUUGCAAAAAGCAUUAUUCACUGCUUUGGUCUAUACAUGUACUAAUUAAAAUAACAAUGUUACAGGUAAACAUUCUUCUAAUCAAAAAUGAAUUGAAUAAUCUACAUCUUAUUCUAGAUCUGUUGUUUUUUGUUGGUGAAAGGUUGUAGCAUCUGAAGUUAUUUGCUAUCUGCUUCUCAAUCAAAUUGCAGUGUAGAAUGUGCAGUUGGCUCACUGAAGGAAAUGUUUACCAUUCCCUUUAAAAACAUGAUUGAUGUUUACCUAGGUCUGGUAUGUGAAAUGUCUGUUAUUGUGAAAAGUUAAUAAUUAGAAAAAAAUAAUAGUAAAAAAAGGUAAUAAUUUUACCAAGUUCCCUCUUGGUAUUUUGGUAAAAGAUCUAACUUUUGCAAUGUUCUUACGUUAAAAGUAUUCAGCAUCAUCCUCACAAAAGAAAUGUAUGUUAUCUCCCAAUGCAGACAUCAAAGUUUCCGUCUUCAAAUAUUCCAAGGUGAAUAUUAUGAAACUUGAUAUUAUUGCUAGUAUCAGUCAUAGUAAUUUGUUUGUUAGCAGUGAAUGAAAAAUAUUAAAUUGUACUUUAGAUUGGAAACAUUUAAAAAAUCUGCUAUUUUUUGCUUGCUAUUCUUACAUUAUUUGUGUGGUGUCUGAUGGUUUCAGAGUGGAACAAGCAACAGGCUCUAAGAAGGAUUUGUUUGCCCAUUCCCCUGGACAUUUAUCUCAAAUUUUUCUCAGCCAGGUAAAAUGUUAAAACUGAUUUGAAGAAGCUCUUACAUAGACAGUGUGGAGGUGAAUCUUUGCUGACCUCAUUGUUUACAUUUUAUCUCAUUAGCAUAUGACUUAACUCAUAGAGGCCGUGGCCAUAGGUACAAACUAAAUUCAAAAGUUGAAAGAGCUGAUUAACUUGAGUAAUUUGUGCAAUUUUCAGCUCUUUGCAUGCAAUAUUGCAGGAAAUAUCAGCCAUCGAAAACUGCAAAAUUGCUGCAUGGCAAAAAAGUUAAUGUCAGCCAUACAUUCUUUUUAAAAUUUUGAAUUUUUAAAAGAGAAUUUCUCCAAAACCAUUUGGUUUAUUGGGCUCAAGUUUCAGAGAUAACUGAAGUUGUUUAAUAUGCUCUUUCAAUGUUCAGAAUUUUUUUGUUAGCUUCAUCAGUUAAUGAUGAGCGUAUGUUAAUGAGACAGAAAAUGUUAACAAUGAUUUGCCUAUUGCUGGGCAUAAAUUUAUGUUACUUUAUUGAAUUCAUCAUGGUAACUCAACGCUGUGACGGGGGAUGAAACAGGACAAAUGUCCCAAUUGAUAUCAACCCCUUCAUUACCCACCCAGCCCAUGAGAGGUUGUACCACACCACCAGGCUCUACGCCCCCUACUCUUUAUGAACAGAAGUGUGGGUUCUUUUACGUUCCACAAGAAUCAGAACAGUAAAAGAGCUGUGAGACGCCUACAGUUUUUCAUCCUGAUAUGAGAAGACUAGAACCAGGCAUCAUCACACUGUUGACAAGUGAAACCAAGCAUAAUUGCAGGCUAGAUCACUAGAAGUAUGUACAGUGAGCAGCAAUGGGAACUUAAUGGUCUGACCUCAACAGAUAACUACAAAACACCCAUCGGCCCCAGCAAAGCUACAGAAGUGCCUCCUUUAGGCCAGCAAUGUCUCUAGUUUAACUUAGACUGAAUUUCAUUGAGCUUUAUAGAAAGUUUCUGGAAUUUGGUUUUUUUUUAGAUUCUUGUAACAGGCACUGUGAUCCUGAUAUCUUCAGAAACUGUGGUAAGUUGAACAUAACAUGCUAGUGGUGAAUUUCCCUUGAAAAAGUGUCAACUCUACUUUUAUAUAUUUUUGUAAGAGUUAUAUUAAUGUUUGAAACUAACUUACAACUGCCUUGCCAAUAAUUAUUGUUUCAAAUGACAGGAAGCUAGUCAAGAUGUUUUUGUGGAUUUUGCAGGAGUUCUUACAGAUGUUAUAGAAAUGGUAAGAAGAAAAUUGUCGGGAAAAAUUUUGCUGUAAUUUUCCUUAAGUAUUUUAUGAUGUAGAAUAGAAAACCUCAACAUUUUUGUUGUUCUUCCUAAGCAUUGAGAUUUGUCAUACUGAAAUAGACAAUCUGUGUGGACAAUUUAUAAUAGUUAGAUGUGUGGUCAUGGUCUUUUUAAUUUCUGUCUAAACAGGUCAAUAAUCCUUUCAACUUGCUUGUCAGGAAAACUGCAUGUGAAUGCCUGUGGGAACUGGAAAUGUCAUAUCCGGUAUCAUUGUCGCUUUCAUUGUGUCUUUAUCACUGGCUAGGGUACAAUAUUAUUUUUAACCCUCCCCUCCCCUCUUAACCCUCCCUCCACCCUCUGAUGCAACGUCAAGGUGCAAAGAAAGUCAGUUCUACAGACUGUGAUUCGGGCGAGUUCUAGCUAGCAAUUACUAGCCCGCAAGUCAUUUCAACUAGCCCCAAAACCCUUUUUGAUUAACAGGAUUGAUUACAAUCCUUCUGUAAUGUGAAUUUCCCCCAACAACAGCACUUGCCCGUCGGGCAAGUUAAGAACAAAAAUCACUAGCCCAAUAGCAAAAUCCACUAGCCCCGGGCUAUUGGACACGACUUUCUUUGCACGCUGAACAUGAUACAGGGACCGCGGAGGGGGAGGGGCUGGUAGGGCCGCGGCCCCACCACUUUUUUGCGCCCCCGCCCCCACUUUUUGCGCUAAAAAGAAAAAUAGUUAAAAUAAAAAAAAAGACUUGAAACAAGUUUUUUUCCGUCCAUAUUCUGAUAUAUUCUCUGUAUUUUCUUUAAUUUCAAACGCCAGGCAUUUUGUGGGGCUCCUGUGCUUUUUGCGGUAAUUGUGCCCUGGGGCCGACUUGCCCCUUGAUCAAACGCCAUGCCUUGGCCGCCCCUUCGCUUCGUUCGAUUCGGCGGCGUGUUUUGUACUUCCAGCUUCCGCAGAGUUUUUUUUAUCAGUUUUAUCAGACGAAAUGAAGAAAAUUACUAGCUUUCUCAAGCCAAACGAAGAUGAGUAGUUGUUUUGAGUUGACAAAAGUUUUAUAUUUUGUCUUUCUCCUUUCGAAUCAAUGAAAUAUUCGAUGGCAAGAAGAAUCACAUUACUUCAACAGUGAACGGCCAUAGUUAGAAAUGUUUUAGAUCACUUCAGCCUGAAGACAUGGCUGAGAUCGAACAUGAAACAGCAGCAAUUCAGCAACUUGACAGUACUUAAUUGUCAUAAGAAAUUAACGGAAAGCUUGGACGUGAUUCAGAUCGCAAACACAUUUGGUGGACGGAAUGAAAAUCGUAUGAAGAAUUUCGGUAUCGUCACUAAAGCCGACCUAUAAAGAGCAACAAAUACUGGAUAAAGUAUGCAAAGUCACGUGACAGAAACAAAUCAGAUACUACGAUUUUAUUCCUUUUUUCGAUUUUCAAUAUGAAAAAAUUAUUUUCAAUUGUCAGCCCUCCCACUUUUCACCUUGCUCCGCGGUCCCUGUGAUAGGGAUAUACAGUUUAUUAAGAGCAGGAUAUAACAUAGUAUGUGAAAAUAUAGACUCAAGUGAUGUAGUAAGAAAUGUCUUGUCUGUUUCAGCUGCUGUCAAGCGUAGAUUUAGUCUCUAGUGAAUAGCCCAUAGUUGAUAUAUUAACAUUCUAAUAUGAAUGCGAGGCUUUCUGGUCAUUUUUCUAUAUUUGGUUUGGAUUUCUUUGUGCUCAAGUCUCUUCUGGGAUAUUACUGUGCGACGAUGGAAUUUGCAAUUUUGCAAUUUUGACCCUAAAGCCUUUUCUGGUUUUCAAGGCUGUGCUCUAAGGAAAUUUGAGGGAGCCCAGCUCACUGAACCUGUGAAAUCUAGAGUGCCCAACCUGUGACUUCAGUUACAAAAGUUACAGUUCCUAGUCACCUGCAAGCAAAAGUAAGAUGCCAGAGGCCACAAGAUACGGCCAUAGCACAGCCCUGAUACCAUAUUUGCUUAGCAUACCGGGGUCUUAGGUUUGAUUACUCUCUGCUGCACCGUGUUUUUACAUUGUGAUAUACGAUCGUUUUGAUGUGCUCAUGUUUCUUUGUUACAAUUUAUAUAACAGAGUAUAUUUUUAUCAUCCUAAUCGAAAAUGAUUGGUGGCUGAUUCCCUUAGUCAGAAUAUUUUUUGCUGUCCGGAUAAUAAUUAUUGUUUUAAGAUUCAGUAAAGAUUAAUAACUUCUAGCAGUCAUAGUUUGAAAUAAUGAGUAAUUGAUAUUAGACCUAGAAGACCAUUGGUUAAUUAAACAUAUCCUUAUCACAAUUUGUUCUUACCAAGGGACUUCUCCAUGCUAAGCUUGAUCAUCUCUAUGCCAAAUGCGCUGCUGAAAACAGUCCAAUCUUUCAAAGCUAUAUGGUAAGAGUAUUAAAAAGUUAUUAUUUUUUAUUAGCCAAGCUGAAGGCUGAGGCUGAUAGCACUUACUGAGACCUUGAUCAUUCCAAAUAUCGCAAAAACCAAAACUAAUAAAUAUGUGUCAUUAUACAUUGUUUUGAAGAAAAUAAAGAUCAACACACUGUCGCACCGAACGCAGUUUGACAUUGCUCUUGAAAAUCAUGCAUUGCAUGCCCAACCCACAGCUUAUGAAUAACUAAUCUGUAGGUUGUGCUGAUGUCAAAAAUUAACUGUAGGCUCUUAGCCAAUGAAAAGACAUUUGGUGAGUACAAUGUAUAAUAACAUGAAAUAUCAGCCAAAUUCUCUCAACUGCUUCAUUUGCUGUGCUGCUAAUCAGGGGAAUAUUUUAUCAUUAAUUAUCUUUUCCUUAAUUAAUAUCUCUCUGAUUAAUUCAUUAUAAAAGGUUUAGUAACAAUGCUGACUGACUGCAUGAUGUUCAUGUUUCAGGUUUUGUUUGUGACUGUGUUGCAUAAUGCCAUAGAGCACCUGUUGCAAGAGUCUGCUAAUAAGUAAGAAAAGUAUUGCUGGUUACAAUUCCUCUUUUGGCUGCAAUUAUGUAAAAUUAUAUUUCAUUCCUUUUCUCUUAAUGUAUAAAAAAAUGCACUGUUUGAGAGUCAAUGUAUUUAGUACUUAAGACAAGUAACAAUUGAGGGCAGUAUUUUUACGUUUCUUACUGGAGACGGGACAGCCAUUUUACGUGGUGAUUCGAGCUGUGCGAAGGUCUAGCCAAACGACAUUUCUCAGUUAUUUUAAGACACUGAGUGUAGAGUUCUAUGUGAGACACUUGAACAUUUAUGUAUAGUUUCCAUAAUGCUGUUUGGAGACAACGAAGGGAACCUGCGAGUACUUUGAGAAAAAACAGCCAGAACCUCAGAUCAAGUGCGGUUGGAAUGGAGCAGUCAACAGAUGAUGAUGAUGAUGAUGUAAUUGCCUAAUGAUCGGCUUCAAUGUCUCAUUUUUCUAUUGUUGAGAAAAAAUGUUGUUUUGAUUUUCAUCGUGUCUCGAAAAAGUGACUACGUAGUUAAUUCGUAUUGAUUUCUAUUGCUUACUUACAGAUUAGAUGAUAACUGUGUUAAUAACUUGCUAACAAGUCGCACAGAACCCUUUAAGGUACGACUUGUUUCCGAGUAAAACUGCAUGAGAGGAUUUUAUAGAUAAAGCGCCGUGUUUUUUUCUUGGUAAACAACAGGAGGUAGAGUGCUGCGUCGGUGAAGGAUUAAAACACAAAAAAUAAACCUUCUUAGACCAAGAAAAGAAGCUCAUUUAUAUAAUUAGAACCUGCCAGGACCUUUGAUCUCUCUGACAGUUUUUUCUUUGAUUCCUUAGUUUUCCCUCCUAUCAAAGACCAGAGCUUUCAAAUUCCAAGUCUAAAACACGAGAACUUGGUUGACCAAAUUCUAAAGAGCUGCUAGAUGCUUCUAUAUUAAUUUUACACAUUUGGAGGGUAGCUUCUAAAAAUAGUACUCCUGUGACCUCUUGCUUACUUUUCUUACUGGAAAUCAUCGUAUCUACCUCUUCUAUGUAAUGACGUACUUUUUUUUUUUACUAGCCACUAUAUUUACCUAAGGAAGCUGCAAAACAAUGUUUGCCAGUAACAAUUCAGGUAAGAUGAACAAGUCAAUACUUGAGCUGGGGCAAUGAUGCCGGGCUGCAAUUUGUUUUCUCAUCAGCUAAUGAAACUCUAAGUUGUUGACCAUUUACAUUGAUAAAUUGUUCUGUUGAUGGUUUAGGCAAAUGGUAAGUACAAUUCCGAAGGACUGGUAAUGAUUCCGUUCGGAAGUCGCACAUAAAACAGUCCAAUAGCCCACGUUCGAUAUAUAUUACUAAAAUUCUAACAUGACUGAGAGGCUUUCUGGUCCAAUUUCUAUAUUUGGUUUGGUUUUCUUUGUGCUCAAGUCUCUUUUGGGAAUUGCGAGACAGUGGAGUCUUUAAUUUGCAGUUUUCACCCUAAGGCCUCAGAGUCGUUUUUAAUAUAUCGAACGGGGGUUAUAAAUUUACCGAAAAAAACGACUUCGAAGGCCUGAAACUGGUAUCAAAGAUGGACUUAAAGAAGCGGAACAAGAAUUUUCCGUUUUGAACAUUUCGACCGGGAAAACACGACCACCUCUUCAGACAUUCUAUUUGUUUUGGAAUUCUACUGGUAGUACCCAAAGAGUCGUCGAGUUCUAUUUACUUUCCAACGGGAUUUUCCAGAACGUUUUUGUGAAUGGUAAACAACCUUAGGUUACAGUUCACCAUGAACGCUUUAACGAAACAGCUGUUUCUGCGACUGAGAUCUUGAUAACCUGGUCUAGCUCAACAUAUCGACUUUUUUAUAAAGGAAAUAUAUGCGAGGUGAGGCCUCAAAAACUAAGCCCUCACGGUUUACCGGGCUAAAAUCUGCAUGAAAGUGAUGUAGAAAGUUGUGUUUAACAAAGCCCGCUGAAACAAAUUUCCUUUACAAAAUGAAAAACCAACAGCGAAGUCAUUAGGAGUUGAACCCUUUUUUCCUUAAGGCCUAGCUGAUUCAAAAUAGUUAUCUUUUUUUAAUGAUUCGUGAAAUUGUUUUUGUUUUGUUCAGGCCAACGCUUUUAGCCCCAACUCGUCAAGUUUACCUGGCAAUGUGGACACCACAGAACUGAAACGAACAAUUUCCUUUCUGAUGGACAACAUUGGUUUUCUUAACACUACUGGUGUGUUUCAUGUCAUGUGCCAAGUAUGUCAAUAUAGAUGUUUUUUUCUGAUGACUUAGAAACGCUUUAUCAGUUUUUAAAGGCCUAUUGAUACUACAAAGGUCUUAGGAAUUGGUGAAUGCAUGCACUCGUCAAGGGAAGAUGUCAUUAAUUUUGAAGUAUCUUUAGUGCACCGUUUGCUGGGAGAACUGUCGCAAACAGCAGUCAGUGAUUUUCUUACAAACGGUUAUGGUUCGUCCUGAGACUCAACUUGUGAAAAACUAUGAGUCCCAGUCCCGAACCAUUGAGUCCCAGUUCCAAAAAAACAAUGAGUUCUAAACUGAAAAUGCUUGGUCCUUUAUGCAACCAGACAGUUAAUCUGAAGACAGACUCCAAAACUCUGUAUUAAAGUUUACUGAAAUAAAAGUAUACUCCUUCUAUUGUAUAGCACAACAAAGACUAAAAGAAAUAUGUGUCGUUAAACAACAGCCACAAGAAUGGCUACAGAAAUCACACAAACAGGAUGUUCUACAAAAACAUCUUCAGACUGAUCGAUCGAUCUUUGCGUCCUACGGGACGCCUGUAAUCAAUUAUUUUACGUCUUUCUGUUGGGAUCUUUAUGCGUUAGGGGCGCAGGACUCAGAGGUAACAAAAUCACGAACAGUUCGAUAAAGGUCAUAAACAAUACACGUAACCCGCCUAGACCAGGGAAUCAGUAACAAUAGAGGCCUAGAACGAGAAGUACAGAUGUCACACUACAGAUCGGACGUUCUUUCAAGUGCCUUAGAUCUGGCUGCAAAGUAGCUCGGCUGGUGGCUGUUGUAGAUUGGUGCGUCACGAUCUCCACUGAAGUUACUGAGAUAUAGCAAGAAAAAUGUUCAAGAAUGACGAUAAUAGAGGAUUUUUAAUACUUAGUUUCUCAGUGCAGAAAAUAUCGUUCAGUGAAGAUCAUCAUGCAUAUAAAUAACCCGAGAAGAGGAUAAAUCGAAAUCUAAAAGGGCUCAAACCAAUAGCUAUUAUUGUAAUAAAGAGCUGAACGUGCUAAGAAAAGUUUGGUUUUCUUUACAGCUGUUACAGUGCGUUAAACUUGCGCAACUUUCACCAAAUGUAAGUUGAACAUUUUUUUAAUUAUUUUUCCUUCAGCCUCUGUCGUAGCAGUGAUAACUUCCAUAUUUUUGUCAGUUGUAUUUUUAGUAGGCCGUAAACCCGUACUCUUGUAAGUGAAAGUGGAGUCGUUAACCUGUCAAGGCUGUGCAACUGAAGCUGUGUAUAUUAAUUUUAGGUUUGUUUGAGUGAUCAGUCACUAUCCGGCCGCUGCGAAAAUUUGGACUUCUCUUUGUGUAGUGUUUUUCAGCACGCAAGUGACUGUUCCUUUUUUUCUUUUUAGACAUUUAAAUCUCAGUUUAUCUCUUGGGUCUCAACCACAGACCUACCUGUGUUUCAUACCCUGUUGCUUUUAAAAGUAAGUGCAUUUUACGUUUAUAACUUCUACAUUUCUCCACUCUCCCCCCUCCCGAAAAGUAGGGUUGUUUUUCACACUCGCGGGAACCGAAAACUGAAGUUACGGACAUACACUUAAGACCAAAAAGAAACACUCUCUGUUCCUCCCACGAAAGAAACCGCAUAGCAAAACUGGCUUACGAUAAUUGCAAUUUUAACAGAGUUUUUGUUUAUUUUUGUGGUCAUGUUCACCUUGAUUAAUAAGCUUGUCAGGAUAGCUGUUUGCAGUUGUAGUGGUAUAUACUGUGUCGUUUGGCCAAGAAAAAGGGCCUGCCUUUGAGUUUAGAUAACAAUUUCGGUGUUCAUUUUACUAACCGAGGACGCUGUUUUUGGCCUUUGCGGAGUGCCUAAAAAUCUGCAUUAAACUUAAAUUAAUCUGCCUCUGAUUCACUAGGUGAGAAUCGCCAAACAUCAACCACAACAACAAUCUUUAUUACGUUUUACCUUCAAGUGGUUUAAUGCUUGCCCACUGCAGUUCGCCUGUAUGCUAUUCCAGGAGGUAGCGUGAUGGCAAUCAUAUGAAUUUUGGCUUUUAGAGUAAAUUUACUUUUGACUUAGACACUGUAUUAAACUCUAAUUUCUUUGUUUACUUUUGUUUCCUUGUGACGUAAAGUAUUCUUCGUUAAGCCUUCAACACUUGAAACUUUUCAUCCCUUACAGACAUUGUUUCAUCGUUUAAUGCAGUCACUGUGACUUUGAGAUUAAGUUUUUCGGUAUGAACUUAGAGCUUAUGAUUCUUGCAAUAUAUUUUCCUUAUUUCAGCUGAAAUUUUUAGACGACUUGUUUCUGGAAGGAGAUGAAUUGCUUCUACUUCAAAGGUCAGUUGAUCAUAUCAUGAUUGCCACGCACUCGACGUCAUUUAUUAAAACUAUCCAUUAAGGUAGGCCGAAGAGGCCUAUUUCCCUUUCGUAAACGGUCUUUGCCAUUUUUAACGGUCGAUGCCACCAGUAGUAACCAAGCCUUAAAUCAUGAUAGAUGUAAUAUAUUCCCUGGAUUAAGUUACAAAAAGGCAAAAAAUACGUUUUCGGAUAGUGUUAGAACGACUGAUUUUGGAGCCUAAGUUGAAUUUUCGUUAAAAUUUACGAAAAGGGCUAGGGUCACCUGUUAUUGAUGUGACAGUUAAGAAAGACAGUUUAUUACUCUGUACUUAAAUUUUUCGGAGUUUUUGCGGGUGGGUGUGGUAGUGUAGUUGUUAGGUGAGAGAGAUUAGGAUACGAAUGGUCCGGGUUCAAAGCCCUGGUUCGACCCUGGGUUGCGAUUUUCUUUCUUUUUCAUAGAAACACUCUCAAUAACAGGUCAAAAAAAUGGCUGCGACCGUUUACGAAAGGGACAACUGCGUCGAUGACACAGUAGAGAGGUAAAAAUCACGUUUACUGCAAAAGAGUGUCAAACGAGGCGUUUUUCCAUGAUAUUAAUUUUGGAUUUCGAUUAUACAAGUCACACCUGGAGUACCUACACCAAAUUAAACCUAUUUCACAUGAAGGUGGGGGACCCCAGGUAGGUGAGGUAACAUGUGUCAAGUUACCCCACCUAACAUGUAAACGUGAUCACAUUAAAAUGAGAGAUUAUUUGGACAGGCGGGUUACCCCACGUAAGCGGGUUACCUCACCUACCUGGGGUCCCCCACCUCCAUGUAAACAGGCCCUAAACCUAUUUCUCAUGACACCCGACGAAUUUUCGACCGGCUGUACAAUUUGACCAGACAUUUUGUUCACAUGGGAUGGUUCAAUAUUUUUGCUCUGUUCACACGGAACUUUGAACUGCCAGGCGCCAGAAUUUUGGUACGGUUAAGGUGGUUAUGUGUGAACGGAACACCCAAACGCACUAAAUUUCAACCUGUCGAAAAUUCGUCCGGUUCCCGGUGAGAACGCAGCGUAUGAAUAAAAGCAAGUUCCAUUUUCCUCUGCAGAAUGUUGUUAGUGUCAAGUCAACCUACUCUUCCGCAAGGACAGAGGCUGUUGUGUUUUGAAUGGCUUAUGUACUUUCCUACUGACGAGGUACUAUUAGAUUAGAUCUAGAAUCAAGUUUAUCAUAAACA